UUUUGGUUAUUGCGAAUUUUCUCAGCUUAUUUCCUUUUCCUGUCCGGUGGGUUGUUUUUCUACUUUCCUCUUUCUCUCUUCUGAUUUUGCCCUUUUGCUGUGGCUUCCCCUCUUCAUGACAAGCAAACCAUGACCAUGACUCCUUCCUCCAUAAGCUCGUACAUAUCAACCGACACUACGUCAUUCUCUAAUCAGCUAUUAUGCCAAGGCAUACAUCAUACUCACUUUGAACAUGCUCGCACGUCAAAGCCCUGGCGAGCUACCACCGAGGAAAAAAUUACACGUAAACGAAGGCGGUCACCAUUCUCAUAUUCGUCUCUUAUCGCUCAGGCCAUUCUAAGCUCCGAAAAUGAACGACUCACUUUGCGAGCCAUCUAUCAGUGGAUUAUGGAUAUGUAUCCCGGUCUUUACAAUGGCUCCGAUACAGGAUGGCAGAAUACUAUUCGGCACAACUUGUCGCUGAAUAAGUGCUUCAAAAAAAUACCUCGAGUGGAAGAAGAUGGAAUGAUUAAAGGCAAAGGUGGUUACUGGACGGUGGAUCCAGAGUAUAUGGAUGAAUUCCGAAAUGGGGCCUUGGAAAGAGCUCACGCCGCGAACCGUUCCAAACGACAGAUCAAGCAGGACCCAUCCAUAUCGUCCGGCGUUCAUUGUAUCUUUUGUCCACCAAAGUUAUUUCAGUGUAGGCCUGCCUCUCGAUGUCCAACUCGAAUUCAAGACCCACCACAACAUCAACUGAAGCCUAUUUUACCACAACCAUCACCAGCUUUGCACAAGAUGCAAAUUCAUAAUAUCCUCAAUUAAGUUACCCUUAACUACCAUGUUUCCUCUCUCAUGUUUCUUUUUACUAGACCGUCGCCUUUUUAUUUACCCAUCCGAUUUGGUUUUUUUUAUUCCCAUAACUCUUUCGAUUGAGAUCAAAAGCGGCACAUACAGCACUGUAUAUUUAAUGCUUUUUAAAAAAACUAGACGCCUCUUUUUUCUAUGCUCUUCUUCCACAUAUUUUAUGGGAUGACAAGAACCUCUCCCCCCCUUUUUUUUUCUGCGAGCAAUAAUAAAAAAGUUAUCUGUUACGAAAAAUAAAAGUGGUGAACUAAAUAAAA